AUGUCUGUGGUCACCGUUCAAACCAAGCCCUUCGAGGGCCAGAAGCCCGGUACCUCGGGUCUUCGCAAGCGCGUCAAGGUCUUCUCGCAGCAGCACUACACCGAGAACUUUGUCCAGGCGAUCCUCUCCGCCAUCCCCACCGGUGCCGCCAACUCCACGCUCGUCGUCGGCGGCGACGGCCGCUACUUCUCCAAGCCCGCCAUCCAGGCCAUCAUCCGCCUCGCCGCGGGCAACGGCGUGUCGAAGCUCAUCAUCGGCCAGGAGGGCAUCCUGUCCACCCCGGCCGCCUCGCACGUCAUCCGCUCGUACAAGGCCACCGGCGGCAUCCUGCUCACCGCCUCGCACAACCCCGGCGGCCCGGACAACGACUUUGGCAUCAAGUACAACAUGGACAACGGCGGACCCGCCCCCGAGGGCGUCACCAACAAGAUCUUCGACAUCACCAAGACCAUCGCAGAGUACAAGAUCGUCGAGGGCCCCGAGGUCGACCUCUCGCAGAUCGGCAGUACCAAGUUCGGCAGCCUCGACAUCGAGAUCAUCGACAGCGUCAAGGACUACAUUGCGUACCUCGGCGAGAUCUUUGACUUUGCGCUCAUCAAGAACUUCCUCCAGAGCUCGGGCUUCACGGUGCGCUUCGAUGCGCUGCAUGGCGUCACGGGUCCGUACGGCCGUGCGCUCUUCGUCGAGCAGUUUGGGCUCGACGAGAGCUCGAUCCAGAACUGCGUGCCAUCGGAGGACUUUGGCGGCGGACACCCGGACCCGAACCUGACCUAUGCCAAGUCGCUCGUCGACGCGGUCGAGAAGGAGAACAUCUCGUUCGGUGCCGCUUCGGACGGCGAUGGCGACCGCAACAUGAUCAUCGGCAAGGGCGCCUUUGUGAACCCUUCGGACUCGGUAGCCAUCAUUGCCGAGUGGGCGCAGCGCGCGAUCCCCUACUUCAAGUCGGGCAUCAAGGGUCUUGCACGCUCGAUGCCCACGAGCGGCGCCAUCGACCGCGUCGCGGCCAAGAACGGCUACGAGUGCUUCGAGGUGCCUACGGGCUGGAAGUUCUUUGGCAACCUCAUGGAUGCUGGUCGACUCAGCAUCUGUGGCGAGGAGAGUUUCGGUACGGGUUCGGACCACAUCCGCGAAAAGGACGGACUGUGGGCCGUGGUUGCAUGGCUCUCCAUCCUUGCCGCCGCGAACCAGGAGAAGCCCGGUACGUCGGUGCAGGAUGUGCUGCUGCAGUUUUACACCCAGUAUGGACGCAACUUUUUCAGCCGCUACGACUACGAAGAGGUGGACUCGGACGGUGCCAACCAGCUCAUGGCACACCUGCGCGCGCAGUUCGAAGACCCCUCGUUUGUCGGCAAGAAGCUCGGCGAGUUCGAGGUGGCCGAGGCGGAUGACUUUAGCUACACCGACCCCAUCGACGGCUCGGUCAGCAAGAACCAGGGUCUUUAUGUCAAGUUCGUUGAUGGAAGCAGGAUCAUCUUCCGCCUGAGUGGAACCGGAUCGGCGGGUGCGACGAUUAGGCUGUAUGUCGAAAAGUACUCCAACGACCCGAACGAGUUCGAGGCAGAUGCCCAACAGGGUCUCAAGCCGCUCAUUCAACAGGCUCUGCUGAUUUCCAAGCUCCAGCAGUUUACCGGUCGCGACAAGCCCACCGUCAUCACCUAA